AUGAGUAGAAAAGGAGUUAUAGCCAAAAGAGUGAAGACUGGUCCAGGCGCUCUAUCGAGAAACCGCGGCCAAGCCGUGCAGACGGCCGGCCGAGGAACGAAUGUUCCGCGGUCGGCCAAAGUCCAAACCAUCCGUCCAUGUCUCGGCCAAAGUUCAAUCCAUCGGCCGAUCACAUCACGACCCGGGAAGCAAUGUCCCGCGGUCGGCCACGCAACCACGAAUGCCGCGCACGACCAUGCCGCGCGAGCCGGGAAGCAACGCCUCGCGGCCGCGCGACCUACUCACGUACCACGCCGAUGCGCCGUCCGAGCCGGGAAGCCACGCCCGCGUCCGGCCAAGAAACAUCGGCCAAUCUUCACCGUCCGACCACAGCCGGCCGACCAAAUCAUCCGGCCACGACCGUUCCGAUCGGCCACGACCCGAUCCGGCCGACCGUCCCGACCGACCGUCCGAACGCCGCGGUCGACCCGAAGCCGUUUUUGA